AUGCCCGCCACCGCAAACGGAUCGGCCACGGACUACUCCCCGGAGACCUUCAAGCACCUCUUGAAGAAGCUUGUCCAGAGCCCCACAGAGUUCACCGCUGAGGACUGUGGGCAAGCGUUUGAACAUCUCGCGCGUGACCGCGCCGCGCCGUCGCAGGCCGGCGCUUUCCUCACAGCCCUGACGCUUUCCGGCCUGGACACGAGUGCUUCUGUUGUCGCGGCGUGCGCGGACGUCAUGCGUCACCACGCCGUGCCAGUGAAUAACGUCAAGGCGGAGCCUGAGAAGCCGCUCGCCGGACACGGCAUGUGGGACUACGGUCACUCUGACCCCGAGGGCGACGGGUACACUGGUCUCGUCGACAUUGUCGGUACAGGCGGUGACGGCUGGGACACGUACAACGUCUCCACAACGGCGGCCGUGGUUGUGGCAGGUACCGGCCUGCGCGUUGCCAAGCACGGCUCACGUGCGGCCACCUCGACCUCUGGGUCCGCUGACCUCCUGAUCGCACUCGACUGCAGGCUCUCGUUCCCCGUGGAGGCUCUCAAGGACUUCCUCCCGGCUUCUCCCUUCCUCUUCCUCUUUGCGCCCCAUUACCACCCGUCGCUGGCACACAUUGCCCCGAUCCGUCGCCAGCUCAACUUCCGCACCGUAUUCAACGUGCUCGGCCCUCUGAUCAACCCAGCGCGCCCUCAGCGCAUGGUCCUAGGUGUCGCCAAGUACGAGCUCGGCGACACUUUUGCAGAGGUUCUCCGCCUUCUUGGCGUCGAGCGGGCACUCGUUGUUUGCGGCAAGGAGGGAUUGGAUGAGGUCUCGAUUGCUGGGCCAACCUGGAUCUGGCGGCUCGAGGAUGGCAAGAUCCACCGUGGCGAGAUUGACCCUGUCAAGGACUUUGGUCUGCCCUACCACCCUCUGUCGGCCGUUAAGGGUAGCACGCCCGAGGACAACGCGCUGACCUUCAACGCGAUCAUGGACGGUACAGCGCCACCCCCUCACCUCGCGAACCCAGCGGGUCCCGACGCGCCUUCGAUGGAGGCGAUCACGGACUACAUCCUGAUCAACGCGGCCGUGCUUCUGCACAUCUCGGGGCGUGCCAAGACGUGGCGCGACGGAGUUGCGCUAGCGCGUGAGAGUAUUGAGAGCCGCGGCGCACGCGCAGCGUUCGACGGCUUCCGCAACGCGAGCAAGCGUGCGAUGGGCGAGGAGGAACUCGACCUCCCUGUGCUCGAGGACGACGGUGGUGUCGCGGCUCGCAACGGUUUCGUCAAAGCGUGGCUCCAUCGUCGCAGGAGUGGACACUCGACACCUGUCGAGGACGACAGCCCAGACAUGCGCGCGCUGCGCGCGUCGCUUCCCAGACUCGAGGAGGCUGCUCACGCCGAGUAA